AUGGCGCAUCCAGUUCGAAAAUUCCAGAUUAUCAAGGGACCUACAGGACCCUCUCCAAUCACCCCAGAGCAAAGGUAUUGGAAAGGAUUUAAAUCAGCCCAAAAUGUUUCGUUCCAAUCGCCCGUUACGCAUAUAUCAUAUCCUCCACCUCCCGUGAGUCCUCUUCAAUCUUCAGCCAACGACUAUUUUGUCGCAACUAGUGGUACGCGAGUACAAAUUUAUUCAAUCAAGACGCGAGCAUUGGUCAAAACUAUCAGUCGAUUCACUGAUAUAGCGCAUUGCGGUGAAAUACGACGAGAUGGACGACUACUUGUUGCAGGUGAUGAAACAGGCAAAGUUCAGGUCUUUGACGUUCAAUCAAGAGCAAUACUCAAAACUUGGGACGAACACAAGCAGCCAGUCUGGAUAACCAAAUUUUCACCUCAUAAAUCUGGCAUGAUCAUGAGCACAAGUGACGACCGUACCGUGCGAUUAUGGGACUUACCAAGCAAUUCAAGUAUCACCACUUUUAACGGUCACACAGAUUAUGUGCGAUGCGGUAAUAUACUACCUGGGACUAUGUCCAAUCUAAUUGUUAGUGGAAGCUAUGAUGGGACUGUUCGAAUUUGGGAUCCAAGACUUCAAGGUAAAGCAACUAUGACAUUCAAGCACGCUGCACCGGUUGAAGAAGUAAUUUCGAUGCCGUCUGGUACGCAUAUUAUUACAGCAGCAGAUAACCAGAUUUAUGUGUUGGACAUUGUCGCCGCUAGACCCCUACACAUUCUUAAAAAUCACCAGAAGACAGUUACAUCGCUUUAUCUAUCAUCAAAAGGUACGAGAUUAGUUAGCGGUGGACUAGACGGGCAUAUAAAAAUAUAUGAAACGUCUAGUUGGAAUAUUGUUCACGGCUCAAAGUAUCCCUCGCCCGUGCUCGCUGUCAGUGUUAUUAGUGCUGGAGUAAAUAAUGAAGAUAAGCAUCUUGUAGUCGGCAUGCAGUCAGGGAUGAUGUCGAUAAAAACAAAGCUCUCAGGGCAAGAAAGGGUCAAGCAAAGAGAACGCGAGGAAGAGAUGCAAGCACUUAUAAGUGGUAAUUUAGAGCAACAUGAUAAGUUAGCUAAAAAACGAGCCCGUGGAACUGAGAAGAAACUUCGUGGUAUAGAUUUUGUCGGUGAAGGCGCGGCAGUCAUUAUUGAGGGACAAGAACAAAGGAAGCGAAAAACAGAAACCUCCUGGGAGAAAGACCUUAGAACAGGAAAAUUCUCUCAAGCUCUAGAUCAGGCCCUUGAGAAAAAUCUAUCCUCAAUUACCAUAUUAUCCCUCUUAACUGAGCUACGUCACCGAAACGCUUUACGGACUACACUUGAAGGAAGGGACGAAUUAACGGUUCAGCCCAUCUUUAAAUGGGUCACUAAACACUUGACGGAUCCCCGAUACGUUAAUAUUUGUACUGAUGUUUCACUUAUUUUGCUUGAUAUCUACUCAGAACAUGUUAGCGACUCAGUUGAGCUGGAGAAGACUAUACGAGCAUUAGAUCGCCGAGUUCGUACAGAAGUAGCAAGAACUCAACAGGCGUGCCAGAUAAAUGGAAUGUUAAAGAUGCUAGCUACAGAACUGCAUUAA